GAAACCUGUCAUUAAACCUACCGGUCGUUUGCCGCCCAUUCUUGCAAAAUGUCUAGAUCUUUCCUGGUAUUCGUUCUUUUGUUUGGAGUAUCGAUUGCCUACAGUGGAAGAAAUAGAAAUGGCAGAAUGAUGGGCAGUAUACGUAAUGGACUCAACGGUAAUGGACUGAAUGGCAACAGCAAUGGUGUCAGCAACAACAGAUUGAAUAGCAAUGGUUUGAACAGCAAUGGAUUGAACAGCAAUGGUUUGAGCAACAAUGGUAGAAUCAACGCAAUGGGUUUGCUUGGAUUAAGCAACAAUGGUUUGAAUGGAUUUAACAACAACGGAUUCAAUGGGUUUAAUAACGAUUUUAACAACAAUGGUUUUAAUGGUUUUAACAACAAUGGGUUUAACAAUGGUUUUAAUAAUGGUUUCAACAACAAUGGUUUUAAUAAUGGUUUCAACAACAAUGGCUUUGAUAAUGGUUUCAACAACAAUGGUUUUAAUAAUGGUUUCAACAACAAUGGUUUUAACAAUAAUGGUUUCAACAACAUUGGUUUCAACAACAAUGGUUUUAAUAAUGGUUUCAACAACAAUGGUUUUAAUAAUGGCUUCAACAACAAUUUUGGCAACAAUGGUUUCAAUGGCUUUAACAACAACGGAUUUGACAAUAACGGUUUUAAUGGCUUAAAUAACAAUGGCUUUAACAACAAUAGGUUCAACAACAAUGGUUUCAACAAUGGUUUUAAUGGCUUCAAUAACAAUGGCUUUAACAACAAUGGGUUCAACAACAAUGGUUUCAAUAAUGGUUUUAAUGGGUUCAAUAACAAUGGAUUCAAUGGGUUUAACAACAAUGGUUUCAAUGGGCUCAACAACAACAAUGGUAUCAGUGGACUCACCAGCAAUAGACUAAACAAUAACGGUUUAGCCAAUGGUCAAGGCAACAAUGCUCUCACGAACACUGCACUCACUAACACUAAUGGGAAUACCAAUGGAGCGACAGAGAGCACUGGUAAUGGUCAAAAUCGCCCGACAUAUCGAUAAACGAACGGGAAUUUCAAAGAUGCAAUCACAUACAAAUUUGAAUAUGAAUUAUGAAUCAGACUGUGUUAUUUGAUUAAAUAUUUCUUACAAUGCUGA